CCGCGCCCCAGGGUGCCAUGUGGGGCGGACGCCGCCCGUCCGCCUCCUCCUGGAUCGCCACUUCACUCCUGCAGCUGCUGCUGGCCGCACUGCUGGCUGCGGGGGCGCUGGCCAGCGGCGAGUACUGCCACGGCUGGCUGGACGCACAGGGCGUCUGGCGCAUCGGCUUCCAGUGCCCCGAGCGCUUCGACGGUGGCGACGCCACCAUCUGCUGCGGCAGCUGCACGUUGCGCUACUGCUGCUCCAGCGCCGAGGCUCGCCUGGACCAGGGCGGUUGCGACAACGACCGCCAGCAGGGCGCCAGCGAGCCGGGCCGGGCGGACAAAGACGGCUCGGACGGCUCCGCAGUCCCCAUCUACGUGCCAUUUCUCAUCGUUGGAUCUGUGUUUGUCGCCUUCAUCAUCUUGGGGUCACUCGUGGCUGCCUGUUGCUGCAGAUGUCUCCGGCCUAAGCAGGAGCCCCAGCAGAGCCGGGCCCCCGGGGGGAACCGCUUGAUGGAGACCAUCCCCAUGAUCCCCAGUGCCAGCACUUCCCGGGGGUCAUCCUCCCGCCAGUCCAGCACAGCUGCCAGCUCCAGCUCCAGUGCCAACUCUGGAGCCCGGGCGCCCCCAACGAGGUCACAGACCAACUGUUGCUUGCCCGAGGGGACCAUGAACAAUGUGUAUGUCAACAUGCCUACGAAUUUCUCUGUGCUGAACUGUCAGCAAGCCACCCAAAUUGUGCCCCAUCAAGGGCAGUACCUGCAUCCCCCAUAUGUGGGGUACACGGUGCAGCACGACUCGGUGCCCAUGACUCCUGUGCCGCCAUUCAUGGAUGGCCUGCAGACGGGCUACAGGCAGAUUCAGGCCCCCUUCCCUCACACUAACAGUGAACAGAAGAUGUACCCAGCUGUGACUGUGUGACUCCAGGUGCCAGCCGGGUUCCGUGAUGAGGCCCAGGACAACAGGGAAGCUGUGGACUGGCAAGGAUUCUCAGAGUGGAGGUCCGUGCACGGCGGUGGUGUUUGCGGCACAGUCCUUUCGGAGUUUCACUUGGCCCAAACUGUGUGAAAGCAUCUCCCUCUGAAUUAGCUUUUCUGGACAUGAUUCAUCCCAGUGCAUGAUUGAGUUACGGUGGCAAGGGGGAGAUGCCUGUGUUGUUCCCGAUGGUCGUAUGACAAAUGCUUGAGCCCUUAAGUGCCCUUGAGGUGUGUAUGGCUGUCAAAAGAAUUUUGUAAACAGAUAGAUUAAGGGUUUUUAUUAUGUUAUUGUUAUUAUUAUUUCUUUUCUGUUUUUUACUGUACCAGGUCAGAAUACCUGUCCCUUCCCUUUUCCCAGGGUAAGUUUUAUAUAAGCACCCAAGGUUUAGGGGAAGGUGUUGAGAACACUAUUAUAAAGGGAAAUCCGAUUUGAACUCUGUGAGAUUAGUCAUUGAUCUCAGUAUGUCACAGGCGUUCUAAUUUCAUUGUAAAAAGAUAUAUAUAUUGUCUAUUUUUGUGUUUUUUGUCUACUUUGUGCUUUUUUUUAACCUCGUGUAGAGAUCUUAUUACAAAGUGAUUUUCUACAUUAAAAAGGUCCUGAAAGAAAUUGUAUAGUUACUUAACUAGUGACAUUUCAGAACUCUGGGGUUUUAAUCUUGAAGUAAGUGGGUGGCUCAGUAACAAAGCCAUUCAUCCCUUUCUUGAUUGUAUCAUCCAAUUUUCCAACUUUACGGUGACAUCUGAGAAAUAAUUAGAUGUUUUUAAUAUUGAAGUCAUAAACUGUCAACCUGCCACUUCUCCAAAUUACGUGUGGCUUGGCAUUUCUUUCCGUCUGGUUUUCAGAUCCCCAUGGCGGCAUCGGACUGCGUGCAUGCCAUUGCUGUCCUUAUAAAUGGAGAUUGGCAUUUCUGCCUGGGUCUGAUAGAACAUUUUCUUGUUUUCCCUAUAAAUAUCAAAGAAAUGCUUUACAAAGUUUGAGGAGAGCUUCUCAGCCAUAAUCCGAGACUUAGGAUGAAAUUUAAACCACAAAUACAAUUUACUUUGCAAAUCAUAAGGCUUUUUAUACUCUCGUUAUCAAAAUGGCUUAUUUUUCAGGCAAUAGGGACUAUUAAAUGAAGAGAAAAGCUCUUCAAAGAGAUAUUGCCUUUCUCCCUCCACAAAAUCAGUUCUUGUUUUUUUUCUUUUAGUCCUCAGCAAGCACUGUAUUCAUUUACCAGUGUUCUGAAUUAUGAAAUUUAAGUGAAUUUGUGUAUUGUUUACUUGUAAGAAAUAAGUUUAAGUGUGUGCAAGUAAAUUUCUAAUGGCUAGCAAAGCCAAGAUUUGUAUUUAAACCAUUAUAAGGUUGGUGUUUUACAUAUUUAUGUCGAUAUCUGUAUCUCUCUUAUCUACUCCACCUGUCAUCCAUCUAUCCACCCAUCUAUCUAUUUAUCAUCUGUCUCAUAACUGAAUGAUGUAAAAUCAUUGUUGGCAAUUGGUAUCAACAAAGAUAAUCAAACUUUUUUAAUAACCAAAGGCAGGAGAAAAUCAUUUUACUUAAUAAAUAUUUUAUAGUAUGAA